CAGCCAGUAGCCGCAGAAAUAGGUGCUCCACGUGCGGCCCCCUCCAUCACCCAAAAGGUACCCCCGUCUCCCCUCGAACGCGAGGUGUUCGACGGAGGGCCGCUGAAGAGGAGGGAGCGGGCGGGCUGCCCAUGUCGAGCGGCGCGGACGGAUCUGAGCCCGGCCCGAGGCCGGGGACGGAACCGGGCCGUAAGCUGCCCUUGCAGCAGGCGCCGGCACCGGCGCCGCAGCAUGAGGUGGCUGCGGCGGAGGCUGAGGCUCCGGCGGUCACCAUCGUGAUCUCGCGGCCGGGGGAGGAGGUUCAGGCGCCCGAGGCGAAGGGUGUCGCCCUGGACUCCCCCCCGGAGACCGGGCACGGCAAGGCCACGGCCGCCUCGGUGUCGGUGACCGCCUUGGCGGCCUCGAAGGAGGGGGAGCUGGCGAGGUCCGACAGCUUCGACGACUACGAGCAAUGCAGAAUUUGUCAGCAGAAGACAGAAGAACCUCUUGUAGAUCUUGGAUGCAGAUGUCGUGGUGAUCUUGCAAAAGCUCACCGCACAUGCAUUGAUAUUUGGUUUCGUACUAGAGGUUCAAACAAGUGUGAGAUAUGCCAGCAGGUGGCUGUCAAUAUUCCCCCUCCAGAGACGCAAGCAAGUACAAGUUAUUGGGUUUGGAGGGUUGAUUCGACUUAUGGAAGGGGCCAAGGAGGACGUGAAAGGGGAUGGUUUAGCCCACUUUGGGUUGCAUUUGCAAUUCUGAUUGGGGGACUCUUAUUGGAUGUGCUGAUAUCUGUUUCUCUUGGUGUUUCCGCACUUCCUGUCAACAUAAUAAUUGGCGUUCUUAUUGUUCUCGGUUUGGGCACCGCCCUUCGGCUAGCCCUGGAGUGCUGCCAGGAAUGGGGCUCGAGGAGAAACCUAGGCAACAUGCCGAGGCUGGAGAACAUACCACCGACCGGGUACCACCCUGCAGUAGUAUAGUUAGGCCUGUAAAUAGCAUAGGGACACGAUUCUGCUGGCUUUUAGAUUCCACUCGCGAUAGCAUAGUUCACACGUUGCUCGUUGAAACGAGCUCGAAUUCAGAGCUUGUUGAUUACCAUCAGAUCAUGCAACAAUUAAAAUGCCCAGUUCCUGA